AUAAGCGCGGGACUGCACAUGCGCAAUAGAAACAAAGCGACUCCCCGUAUAUAAAGUGUUGGCGCCGGCGCGAGAGCUUCACUCCACUUCAAAACCCUGCGCCAAAAAAUAAAGAGAAAACCGGGAAAAACACUACAACUCAAUUAAUAUCCAGCAAUAAUGACCCGACGAAGUGGACGCCUUCAAGCUAGAAAUAAAAAUGGAGCCACUCAUCAGGACAAGAGAGCAAAAAUCAAGAAGGAGCAACCCAAAAGGAAGAAAGCCCGGUCCAAAAGGCGAACUGGUAAAGCUCAGAAACUGUGUGCUCAAGAGGGAACAUGUAAAGCUGAUGUUAUAAUUGAGAGCCCUAUGGAUGGGGUUCAUAAUGCAUUUGAUCAGCCAUGCUUGUCGCAAUGUUCUAGACCAUCUCCUCUGCCUCGACUCAGCUGGGGGAGUUCGGAGGACGUGUGGGUUAAGAUGCUGAGUAAGGAGAUAAAGUAUAAGCACAGUAAUACUUGCUUGGAGAGGCAUCCAAGACUCCAGCCCAAGAUGAGGACAGUUCUACUCGACUGGCUCCUAGAGGUAUGCGAGGCUUAUCUGCUUCACAGACAGACGUUCUACCUGGCACAGGACUUCUUUGACAGAUUCAUGCUCACCCAAGACAACACGGAAAAGGAGCGUCUGCAGCUCAUCGGCAUCACGGCGCUCUUCAUCGCUUCCAAAAUCGAGGAAAUUUAUCCGCCCAAACUCACGGAGUUGGCCUAUGUCACAGACGGCGCAUGUCUUGAAGAAGAGAUUCUACAAAUGGAGCUUAUUAUGUUAAAGGCAUUAAAUUGGGACCUAUAUCCUGAAACUGUUAUUGCAUGGAUGAAGCUUUACAUACAGAUGGCCUCCGAUUUCACGAACCUGCUGGUGCCACAGUUUUCUCAAGAGAUGUACAUCCAGAUUACACAGCUUUUAGAUUUGUGCAUCCUCGAUAUCAACUCUCUGGAGUUUAAAUAUGGAGUGCUUGCUGCAGCUGCCUUUUGCCACUUUAAAUCUUUUGAAGUCGUACAGAAAGUAUCGGGUUUGAGCUGGGAGGCCAUCGAGAGCUGUGUGAACUGGAUGGCUCCGUUUGUAGAGACCAUGAUGGGCUACGAGAGCGCAAAGUUAAAAAACUUCACUAAAGUCUCUUCUGAGGACCAACACAAUAUUCAGACCCACAUCGACUACCUCUCCAUGCUGCAUGAAGCGCAGCAAAAACGGACUCUACAGACACAUGGCGUGUUUCCCCCCACACCACCGAGCAGCGCGGAGAAAUCCAGCACACACUGAGUGCUGCGAUCGGCCAUCGCUUCUCUCUUCCAUACAGCUUAAAGCUACUGUAACCCAAGCUGAACCAGCCUUCAUUACAUAGUGACUGGGAGAUUAAUAUAUGGUAUAAUGUGAAUAGGAAGGUUGACAUUUGUUCUAUCUGCAUUCCAUUUCACCUAAAAAAGAAAAAAAAAAAGAAAAAAAAAGAAAAA